AUGAAAAAACUUGUCGUGUUGAUAUUGUUGUUCGUUUUGGCCACAUGGAUGGUUGGUGUUUUGGCUGUCGACGAGGACCAUGAUGAAAAACUUUCUUCAGAAUUUGCUGCAGCGUUUGCAAAAUAUUCAGAUAUUGAAAAAGCAUCAUCGUUGAUGCAUUCCGAUUUUGUGAAAAUUCAAUCAUCAUCACCAACCGAUACUGUGUCAUCGUCAUCAUCACACACGAAUCACUUUGUUUUAAAAACACGAAUGGAAAAUGACGAAUUUGUUAAAUCGAUUGCUCACAAAUACGGUUUGACGUUUGUUCGGAAAAUUCCAUCUUCUGAUGGCAGUGUCAAUUAUAUUUUACGUGGUGUUGGCGUCAUGGACGAGUCCUACGGUCUAUCUAAUCAUAAUAUGGAUACUGUUCAGGCCAUGAGUGGUAAAAGUGCUCUCCUCACUGCACAAACUAUUCAAAAUAUUGUCAAGAAAAAUUCGGAUACUGUUCUCGAGUUUUAUAGAGCCAAAAAACAGAACUUUUCAAAGAGAUAG